GAUGGAACAACUUGAGGCAUUUGAACAGGAGAGUAGCCAAAAUUUCUGGCAUUAACUUCUGAAUGCAUCUACUGGGUCUGGCUGGGAUGGAGUUAGUUUUCUUCAGAUCGUCCUGUAUGAAUACGAGCAAGAGUGAGACAGUGAAAGAGUAUCCGUUAAAACCCUCUAGAAGAUCUAUGCCAUGCCUAGCCCAGAGCCAAACACAUCCUCAGAGUCUGAGCAAGCAUUCGUCUUUCCUGCAGCCGAAUCGUGUGCAGCCCCAGCCCCAGCCUCUAAGUGCAGGGACAUCUACAGCUACGGUGGAUGUCGUGUCAGAACGAGCUAAAGUGGUGGAGACUUUGGAAAACAACUUGCUUAAGCUGUCUAAUACAGAAUACAGCGAUUCAUUUUUAGACACAGGGAAGGACAAAGACACGUACACAGAUGAUUCAGAACACGGAAAUUAUGAUGCUCGUACAGAUCAGUCAUUGCUUAUUCAAAACAAGCUUACCAGACAGAAAACAGAACCUCGGGCUAAAUCGUCUUUAAAGGGGGAAGGAGGAGAAUCCAUCAGCAGACACCCGAGAGUCAUCGAUGGAUUAGCAACUGUGGCUGUGCCUGGGAAUGAUCAGGCUGAUGCCAUGGCAUCAUCAGGACUCUUCUUCAAAGAUGGUAAAAAGCGCAUUGAUUACAUCUUGGUCUACAAAAAGUCAAGUCCACAGGUAGAAAAAAGAAGCACGUUUGAGAAGAAUUUGAGAGCAGAAGGGUUGAUGUUAGAACGAGAGCCAGCUGUUACGAACAGUGAUAUCAUGUUUGUUAAAAUUCACUGUCCAUGGGAGACGUUGUGCAAAUACGCAGAAAGGAUGAACAUCAGGAUGCCUUUCAGGAAAAAAUGUUAUUACACUGACUGGAGGAGCAAAACCAUGGGCAGUUUGCAGAGGAAUAUGAGAGAGCUGAAAAGUUGGUUGCCCAGAAAUCCGAUGAAGCUUGAUAAGGAGGCCCUGCCUGAUCUGGAAGAAACAGAUUGCUACACAGCACCCUUUAGCCGCGCACGCAUACACCAUUUUACGAUAAACAACAAAGACAGCUUCUUCAGCAAUUCCACAAGAAGUAGAAUUGUGCAUCACAUGCUACAGAGAACUAAGUAUGAAGAUGGAAAAUCCAAAAUGGGUAUUAAUAGACUACUAAAUAAUGGAACAUAUGAAGCAGCAUUUCCACCACAUGAGGGAAGCCACAAAAGCAGACAUCCCAUCAAAACACAUGGAGCUCAGAAUCACAGACACCUCUUAUAUGAGCGUUGGGCACGGUGGGGAAUGUGGUACAAAUACCAACCUCUCGAUUUAAUCAGGCGAUAUUUUGGUGAAAAAAUUGGCCUGUAUUUUGCCUGGUUGGGAUGGUAUACUGGAAUGCUUAUUCCUGCUGCCCUGGUUGGGCUCUUUGUUUUCCUUUAUGGAUUAUUUACGAUGGAUUCCAGCCAAGUAAGCAAAGAGAUCUGCGAGGCAAAUGAAACCAUCAUGUGCCCGAUGUGUGAACGCAAUUGCACGCUACAAAAACUCAAUGAAAGCUGCAUAUACGCCAAGGUUACACAUUUGUUUGAUAAUGGAGGGACUGUCUUCUUUGCUAUUUUCAUGGCAAUUUGGGCUACAGUCUUUCUCGAGUUUUGGAAAAGACGGAGAGCUGUAUUAACCUAUGACUGGGAUCUCAUAGACUGGGAAGAUGAGGAGGAAGAGCUGCGCCCCCAGUUUGAAGCUAAAUAUUCCCAAGUGGAAAGAGUAAAUCCCAUCACAGGAAAACCCGAACCUUUUCAGCCUUUCCCUGAUAAGCUCAGUCGACUGAUGGUGUCUGUCUCAGGAAUAUUUUUCAUGAUUUCACUGGUCCUUACUGCAGUGUUUGCAGUUGUGGUGUAUCGUCUGGUAGCCAUGGAACAGUUUGCUUCUUUCAAGUGGUAUUUCAUCAAGAAGUAUUGGCAGUUUGCAACAUCUGGCACUGGAGUCUGUAUCAAUUUUAUGAUCAUCAUGUCACUCAAUGUUGUAUAUGAAAAGGUUGCCUAUCUCCUGACAGACUUGGAGCACCCUAGAACUGAGUCUGAAUGGGAAAACAGCUUUGCCUUGAAAAUGUUUCUCUUCCAGUUUGUCAACUUGAACAGCUCCAUCUUUUACAUUGCCUUUUUUCUGGGCAGAUUUGCAGGCCGCCCAGGAAAGUACAACAAGCUUUUUAACAGAUGGAGACUGGAAGAGUGUCAUCCUAGUGGCUGCUUGAUAGAUCUGUGUUUGCAAAUGGGAGUUAUUAUGGUUUUGAAACAAAUGUGGAACAACUUCAUGGAGCUAGGCUAUCCUUUAUUACAGAAUUGGUGGUCACGACGAAAAAUGAAGAGAGGAGGGCAAUUAAUGGAGCAAAAAAUUUCUCUGCCUCAGUGGGAAAAAGAUUGGAAUCUGCAGCCUAUGAAUCUCCAUGGUUUAAUGGACGAAUACUUAGAGAUGGUUUUACAGUUUGGCUUCACCACCAUCUUCGUUGCUGCCUUCCCACUGGCACCUCUCCUGGCGCUGCUUAACAAUAUCAUAGAAAUACGGUUAGAUGCCUACAAGUUUGUCACACAGUGGCGAAGACCUAUGCCUGCAAGAGCAACAGAUAUAGGUAUCUGGUAUGGGAUUCUGGAAGGAAUUGGUGUUCUGGCUGUCAUCACCAAUGCCUUUGUUAUUGCCAUUACUUCUGAUUACAUUCCACGUUUUGUCUAUGCAUACAAAUACGGUCCCUGUACAGAUCAAGGAUACAGACAAGAAAAAUGCUUAAAAGGAUACGUCAACAGCAGUUUAUCAGUAUUUGAUUUGAGUGAACUUGGGAUGGGAUACUCAGGAUACUGCCGAUACAGAGAUUACAGAGCCCCACCAUGGAGUUCAACUCCGUAUGAAUUCACUUUGCAGUUCUGGCAUGUCUUGGCAGCGCGGCUGGCCUUCAUCAUAGUAUUUGAGCACCUUGUUUUCGGGAUAAAGUCUUUCAUUGCCUACCUGAUUCCAGACAUGCCCAAAGACUUGUGUGACAGAAUGAGGAGAGAGAAAUACUUAGUGCAGGAAAUGAUGUAUGAGGCUGAACUGGAGCAUUUGCAGAGAGAAAGGAAAAAGAACGGGAAACAGUAUCACCACGAAUGGCCUUAGUCAUUACCAUGCUGCAACAAAAACACUGGGAAUUGAAGAGUGCAGUUACAAAAUGAAGUCAAAGUCUGGCAUCAGUAUGCAAGAUUUGUGGUGUAUAUAUGUUCUUGCUGGGCCAUACAGUUGCAGACUUCGGUGGGAACUGGAAAAUUGAUGCUUCCGAUGAAGAAAAUGAAGAGCCUUACCUGUAACUGGUCUGUGGCGAGCACCAAGAAGAAUUUGCACUCAGGAAUGUGCAGGCAGAUUAAAAAUUUGGACACUCUGGUUUUAAAAAAGGCAAUGAAUUUUCACGCUGUUCAUGAAAAUGCUAACAGCAUAACAAAAAUAAAAAAUUACCUGUGAACUUAUACAGUAAGGGCAUGACUAAAACCAACUUACGUGAUAUCCACUACUUCUACAGCUUCUAAUUGCUCGGCUCCAUCUGUAAUGCCUCUGAAGAAAAGAGCAAUUGUUGCCUUUGUGGCCAUAAUUUGAUAGAAAUGAUCUUUCAGGCUUACUGUUUUGUCAGGUUUGUCCUAGUCUCUUGUUGAGAUUGUGGAUGUGGUCCUGCCCUAAAAAAGGGGUCUAUGGCUGCUUAAUAUAUACUAUGCAGUUUAAGAUUUGCACAUCAGUGUCAUUAAUUUAUCCUUCCAGUUGAAAACCAAAAAUUCUAAAUUCAAAGAGAAAACAGCAGCACUAAGAGAAUGCAUCGCAUUGCCCGCAUUGCAGCUAUAUUUGAAAAUGACAUGGCUGUUGAGCUGUCGCUCCACUUUUGUGUGCAGAAAGGCCACCUCCACACGCUUCCAGGAUGAAAGCUCUGUCAUUUUCAUGCUCCAAUGUAGCAUGCAGGUGUCUAACCGUGUUACUGUUCCCUUUGACCUGUCUGGGUAAUGAUUCCAUGACUUCACAGAAUGCUAACUUGAAAUAUUCUCAUACAGCGCAAAUGACUUUGUCCUGAAUAUACAAUUAACUCUUUAUAGUAUGCAAGCUUAUGCAGAUAUAUAUCAGACAUACAGUAUAACAUUGUGACUUGCUUGUUCAGGGAAGGAGAAGCAGAGCACUUUAUAACGAUGCUCUUCUUAUUGUAAUAGUAAAUGUUCCAGUAAUGUGCACUUCUUUUAUUGGCCUAAAUAAGUCAAAGCAUGAGAGUUAGAUACAGGCAGAUAUGUAUACAGGUUGUAUAUAAAUGCACACACAGUGGUUACUUUUAGAUUUUUUUAUUAUUAUUUGUAUGCCUUCUUACAGUUGGGGGGGGAGGGCUUUUUGGAUAAAAUCACUAUGAAAGGUAGAUGUUCAUGUAAAGGAUCAAAUUUCAGGUUUUAUGUGCAUACAGCAGUGUUGCUUAUGGAUAUAGUCACAUUUUGGUGAUGAAAUUGUCUAUUACUAACAUUUCAUAAUCUGGGAGAAGAUAAGCACUUAAACAAUUAAAACAAGUGUGCAGGGUUCAUUUGCAGAGAAGGGAGUGGAGAAACAGGUACAGUCAUUCUGUUUCUCUUCUACAAUUUUAAAUAAUGCUUCUCUAUAUUGGAUGAUAAAAAUGUUAAAAACAAAGAGUCAACAAAGCACAGUAACUCUAAAGGCUGCGAAUUUUAACAUUAUUUUUAGGGAUAAAGCUGCAGCAAAAUCACUGCUGACAGACCUGAAAAGACCUGAUUUUUUACUUCUUACAACACCCUAUUGAACCAAAAAGUUUGAUUCCAGUAUUCAUUUGCAUAUAUUAGCACAAUUGUUUUAAUUUAUCAUGCCACAUAAAGUUAAUUUUAAGAGUCAAGAGCCCAUCAAAGGGGACAGGUGAGAUCUGUUGUAUCCAGAGGGCCUAGCAUCAGACCUUAGGUUCUUUAGUCCUUUCCCCAUGUUCAUAAGAUUUCUUGGUUAAUUCCAGCUCUCUGUGACCAGACAAGGCAACUAUAGGAGUAUCUGCAGCAUUGCACAAAGGAGGAAAGAAAUUGGAAGGUAUGGUCUAAUCAGAUAUAUUACCCUUUAGUUCUGUGAUAAAGGGCUGGUGGAAAUCAGCUUCCUAUAUUUUAGAAAGGCAGUUUUGUUCCUUCAUAUUCUGGGUUGUGCGUUAAGGCCCUCAGGAGUCUUUAUCAGAAAUAAUUAAUGCAUUCUCCUCAGUGCUUAUAGAAUCACACCAUUUGAUUUAAUUUACUGCCUCUCUCUUUCAUUCUGUGGAUUAUCAAGUUCUUUUUGACAGCAUUAACAGUGUCUCACAGCUUCUGUUUCUGUGCCUCAUAGCAAUAGUAUUCAGUUCUUCAGAAGGUCACAGGUGAGCUCUCAUUUUAAUGUUUUCUUUAAAAACAAAAUGCCUUGGCUGGCCCAAGGUGUAAAGAUACAGGAUAAAAUUAGGCAAAAAUCAGAAAUAUUGAUUGAUUAUUUUAUACUUUCCUAUUUCUGCUGUGGAUAUUAACACGUGUCAAUACAUACUUGGGCAAAUUCCAAUUGGACUUUAAAAACACGUAGGAAAGAAAACCUUUUUGUAUUUAAGAUUUAAAUAUAUAUAUAUUAUUAAUGAUUUUCAACACUGGUGUAUAGAAGUAUAUCAAAGGCAAGUAUGUAGGUCUGACAUUGUGCAUUUUACACACUGGAAAAGCACAAGUUUUGGAGAAACACUGUGUGUGUUCCUUCAUUUUUGGAGGACAUGAACAAUGUCUAAAGGUUUGGCCACUAUCUAGCCAUUUGCUUAAGCUGAGAAAACUUUUUGCUAGACUUUGUUUAGUAUGCUCUUUGCAUUGACUGCACGUUAUUUUACUAAAGUAUAAGGCACACACUGUCCUCAGGAACAAUGUAUUUUAUGAAUGGUGAAUGAUCUUUUCAUAUUCUAAAUAUUGUCUUUCCAAACAAAUGACCAGUAUGAAUAGACUGUGCAUGCAAGCUGCAUUUGUGAAAUCUGACAAAGCUUUAGGACUUCAAUUUGUGCAAAAAUGCUUUAGAUCGUUGCAGAUCUAAUCUAUGACAACUUUGCUCUAUGCAUGCGCCCUUAGAGAGACUUGCAUGAGCAACUAGAUAUUUGUAAAUACAAAGGAUUAGUCCAAAAUGUCUUAAUUAUUCCUAACCAAAUUUCGUGUCUUGAUCCAGACAGAAGAAAUUUCCAUUUCAGAAACAGCAAAAAGUCCACGUACAUUAUACCCAUCUCAUUUCUUAUGAGCUCUUAUUCUAAAUUUGUGCCUAAUGUGUAAGAUCUGAAUUCUGGUGACUAAAAAAGGAAAAAAAAGAGUUCUGCUUCAUUAGCCAUUGUAAUGAGAAGUUCCUUCUUAGAGCUCAGCGUCUGUCUCCAUAGAGAGGGAUGCCUUAAGACUUCAGAAUUCUCAGUCGAGUGCCAACAAGGUUUCCUGAAGGUUGAGCACUGGAGAUUUCUGUAAUUUAGUUUCCUUACCAGAAACACAGUACAGUAAUUAAGCAUCCUGAUAAGAGUACUAAUAUUUGCAAACAAGGCAAACCACGUGAUGGGGGUUUUUUUAUUUUUCUUUCCUACCCCUUUUACUAAAUGAUUUAUAGAGAAAAUUUAGAUGAAUGUUGAAAGUUAAUAUUGCUGGUGACAAGGCUAAAAUUUCCAUAGUGAUGAUGGACGAUAAGUGGUUUUUUUACCACUUAGUUGUUUCUUUGAAAGUACAUAUCUUCAUUACAACAACACACACAGCAACUGUUGCUAUGCCCUUUUCCAACAGCAGCUUGUCUUAAAUUUAGUUCUGAGGAUCAGUUAGGCUCAGUUGUGUCAUGUGGAAAGCUCAAAAGAAAAAUGUCUGGAGGACCUAGUCAAAACAGGUCAAUAGGUACAUCCCUUAAUGCAUAAAUUCAUAAAUCUCCUGAGGUUUCCUUCAUAAAAGGUUGUGCAGAAGGAAAAAUAUCUUGGGAAUCACAGGUUUAGGGUGAGUGUUAGUAUAGGGAAACACAAGAACUUUGGUGAUAUUUUACUCUUAAUGUGCCAUUCAGAUGAUUGGUCUGAUGUAAGUAGUGCACAUCUGCAGUUUCCUUGCUGCAACCUUCUUUCACUGCAGACUCCAAACAGGAGAGAAUUUCUGGAGCCAUGGGAUCCAGUGGCACUGCCUGCAGAGUCCUACGUGGCAUCAUGGGACUUACUCAUCUUUUGCAUUAUGUCACAGUUUGUUCAGGGGCAAAUUAAUAUAUACAUAUUUAGAAGUGUCGUAUCACUUGGAAUUAACUGAAAAUGAUCCACGUCCAUAAAAUGAAAAGGAGCACUUCGCACAUGGUUAACUUACAAGUGACACAAAUUUUUAUUGGAAGUAUUAUAAACUAGAAUUAUUAUUAUUAUUAAACUAGACUGACACUGUGCAGUCACCAUAUCAAUGAAACUCAUUUUAUACAAACAGCUAGAUAUGAAGGCAGUGAAGUUAAUGGGAAAUCAAUCAAUCACAUUUUCUAUUAAGUGCUACAUAGGAGAAAAGGGACAGAGAACAAUAGUGGUAUCAGCAAUCACUUACAGUGCAGUAGCACUUCUAGAAGCGAUGAGGAUUACUUUUGUAAUCCUCAUAAACUACUUAUGUUACUUAUUUGAGGGUAAAGGUAGAAAUAUACAGCCAGCCUUUCAUAAUAAUGUUUAUUUGGUGUUAAGGUUGAGACUAGAAUCCAAACAGAAUUCCACAUUUAGACAGACUUGUUAUUUUGUUAGUUCCAAUACAUACUUUGUCUGACUAAAAUAUGUGCAGAACACUUUCUGAAAGUGUUUAGUUGACUAAAUUCCUGUGGUGGAAAAUUUAGCAGGUUUAAAAGACCCCUGAGUCUUUUCAUACUCAACCUCUAGCUCGCAAAGCCCAUGUUCUACUGGGGUAAAAAACACCAUGGCAGCUUUUUGAGGUAGGGGAUGAGCAGAGGAAGUAAAGGGCUCCUCUUCACUACAGUGAGUUUUGCUCCAGAAUCCUGAGAGGUUCUGCAAAACAAGGGGUUGAAGCUGGAGCAUGGUGACAGCCCUCCUGAUCCUUUUCCUUUUCUCCUCUGGUUCAUUCUUUACUUAUCCUCAGUGUUUUAUUAAACAAUGCCUUCUUGCUGAUGGUCGAAUUUCUAGGGCAAUUCUGUAACUGCAGAUUUUUUUGCAGACUCUUUUUGGAUGUCCCUAAGUGUGAGAAGCCAAAGCAGAAAGUGCACAGAUACUGGGUUUUCUGGUGCUUUUUACGAGUUGGUUUGCAUUGGACAGAGCAGUGCGAGGAAGCACGGGGUGCAUCUAUAUGUGCCAUUAGGCCACUCAUUUCUGGAUCUGCCCCCUUCAGCCACUUCACAAUCAUUAUGUUUUGCACUCCUUAUGUCCCUCCUUACACCCACACAGGUGUCCUAAAUACCCUACACAAUCCUAGCAUUUUAAAACUUAUAUAACAGAUGUAUAUUGACUAUUGGAUUUGUUUUUUUUUUUUUUUUUAUAUUGCCAUUGCAACCACGUUUACCAGAAAUUUGUAUUGGCGUGAUUUUGGCAUAGUCGUGAUAGCACAAUGUUCCCACAACAGCACAAAGUUCUAAUGGCACAACAAGGAAAUGUAGAGACGUCACUUCCAUAUUCCAUGUUAUCCAGGGACUUUCGAAAUCCAGGACUGGGAUUUAGUCUUGAAAUGUUAAUGGUUUGUUCCCUCCUCACUACACUGGAAAUUACCUUGUGUUAGUUCUGUUGGCUCGUUCUGACGUUUUGCCAUAACCUCUAUAACGUUAUAUCUUCUCUGUAGUUUGCAUUCUUAUUACCAUGAGUUAGUUAUUAGGAUGCUGCUGGGUGAGUAAUAAGGAUUAAACCCAAUGGAGUCUAAAGCUAAUGAAAUUCUAAACACUCAGAACACGACGAUUUUUCUGUUAAUAACGAAAAGAAAUUCAGAUCACAGUUUUAUUUUGUGUUCUAUUUAGAUGACUCAGAGUUUUGUAUUGAAAAAUCUUCCAAACUGUUGGCUCUAAUUUUUACCUAGAGUAGUACCACUGAAAUUUCAGUUCUUUGAAAUAAUGUCAUGUAAAAUCUAACUGAGUAACGUAGUUCAGUCAUUUUUUAUCUGAUAGUCCUGGCUAACUUGCAAUAUCAUGAUCGUAAGAGAUUUCUUAAAAUGUGUAUAUAUUUGAAGUUUAUGUAAUAUUUAAAUACAACUUGGUUUCUAAGUAAGGAAUGAGAAUAAAAUUUCAACUAUUUUUUCUAUUCAUAAAUCCACACUUUGUAAGUAAUAUUUAAAAUAUAGAUUACAGUACCACAGAGCGUUUCAGAGAAAUUGACUUUUAUGCACUAUAAGCUAGAAGUUUCUCUGACCUGUCAGCUUUAGAUUUCUUCUGUGUUUUAAGAUUACUUUUACAAUCUGAUGUGUACCCCAGAACUAAAAAAAUUCACUGAGGAAAAAGUUGUUGAUCUGAUUAACUCUUGUAAGACACUUUUGGCAUAAAUUUGUCUUUGAGAUGCUGUUUACUUUAUCAAGGUUUACAUGUACAAAUGCAACUACUUACUGUAUCAUACACAUUUGAAUAUUGCAUUUUUUCAAUAAUAAACUUGGAUAUCUUUGAAA